AUGAGCUGUCUCCUGUGUGGAUGUGUAGUUUUGAUGAGCUGUCUCCUGUGUGGAUGUGUAGUUUUGAUGAGCUGUCUCUAGUGUAGAUGUGGUGUUCUGGUCAGCAGUUACUUGUGUAGGUAUGUAGUUCAGGUAUCUUGUGCUCAUAUUGCUGCGUGUAUGAGCCUUCAGCUCUGUUUCCUGUACAGCUGGAAUGCCUGUAACGGUUUUACAUGGAUGAGCAGAAACACAUAUGGAGGCUGAAUAGAUGGUAGUCUGCUGAUGUAAAUGAAAGAGGAUGAGCCCAGUGGAAACUGCUCGCGGGGCAGCGAGAAGCCCGAUGGCGGGGCGGACAGAGAGGUUUUUUCAAGGUAUUACAGCAAGAAGGCAGAACGGUGGGCGGGCGAACGGGAAAGAGGCGGAGUCUGUUUAAAUUGCACGCGCUGCCAAUGUGACGGGGCUCCCUGAUUCCCCUGCACUGGCUGCGCUGCGAGCUAGUGUGGGUGCAGAGCGCGAGCAUAAAAGCUUCGAUUUCACCGUCACUCAUCCGCACACGCGAAUUGCUCUUUUCUGUUCGUCUGUGUACUCGGAUAACUUUCACCCAUACGGAGAUUCUCUUCUAUGGUUCUGAUCGGAGAUUCCAGGAUGUCUCGUACCGACGAGGUGCACCGUAUUACAGAGAAUGUCUACAAAUCAAUCAUGGAGCAGUUCAACCCCUGCCUGCGCAACUUUGUCUCCAUGGGCAAGACGUAUGAAAAGGCCUUAUCCAGUGUUACCUUUGCUGCAAAGGGCUACUUCGACGCUCUGGUGCGGAUGGGGGAACUGGCCAGCGAGAGUCAUGGCUCAAAGGACCUGGGGGAUGUGUUGUUCCAGAUGGCUGAGGUCCACAGGCAGAUCCAGAUGCAGCUGGAGGAUAUGGGUGGUGAUGCUGCUAAAGUAGCAGAAUUACUGGACAGUCUUCAGGGACAUGCUGUUGAUGCUGAACCAGUGGAGGUUCUGAAGAUGGAGAUGCCAGGGAGGAGUACUCUGUGGACUAGUGCUUUCUACGUGGUGGCGGGAGAGUGGGCAAGGGUGAUGGUAAUAAUUCUCUGUCUCCCCCUGCAGGCCGCACUGAAGAAGUACCAGAUGGAGCACAAGAGUAAAGGGGAGAGUCUGGAGAAGUGCCAGGCGGAGCUGAAGAAGCUUCGCCGUAAGAGCCAGGGCAAGAACGCCUCCAAGUACGGAGACAAGGAGAUGCAGUAUGUAGAGGCCAUCAGCUGCAAGCAAGGUGACCUGGAUAACUGCAUUGCGGAAGGCUACAGGACAGCACUGUCGGAGGAGCGGAGAAGGUACUGCUUCCUGGUGGAUCGGCAGUGUGCCGUUGCCAAGAACAGCGCCACCUACCACGGCAAGGGGAAGGAUCUGCUGGCUCAAAACAUUCCCUUGUGGCAGCAGGCCUGCUCUGACCCCUCUAAGCUGCCAGAGAGAGCCAUGAUCCUGGCCCAGCAGCUAAGCUCCGCCUCUGGCAAGCUCAGCUCCGCCCCUGGUACACUGAGGUCCAGCCCCCUGGAUGCCUCCAAGGCCAAUAUGCUAAUGUCUGACCCCUCCUCUGGAGCCAAGCCCCUCCCCCUGGCACCUGAACUCACAGCCUUCACAGGUGGCCUGGCCCAUCAGGAUAGGCUCAUGGGAGUGGACGGGGUGCCCCUGAUGAACGGUGCGGUGGGGGGCCAUGCAGAGGAUUACCAGCAGUGGGUGGAGGGGAGGAUGGCACAGGCUAAGGCCCCCCAACAGCACCCGAGGCAAGCCAGCGACAAAUAUUCCAGCACCCUGCCCGUGCGCAAGACCCAGCCUGCCAGGAGCAAGGCCUCUGCAGAGACUCGGACCCUGCCCAGAUCCAGCUCGGUGGCGGCGGGGCUGGAGCGGGAGCGGAGUGGUCGAACCCGUGUCCAGGCUGUGUUCUCCCAUGCUGCCGGGGACAACGCCACACUGCUCAGCUUCUCCGAGGGUGAUGUGAUCACUUUGCUGGUGCCUGAGGCACGGGACGGCUGGCACUAUGGAGAGAAUGAGAAGAACAAGAUGCGCGGCUGGUUCCCGUUCUCCUACACACGUGUGCUGCCUGACAGCGAUGGUGACAACCAGCGUAUAAACCCGCGUCCUGGGAAGAGCAGCAGCACAGGGAACCUGCUAGAGAGAGAGGACAUGGCCCUGCCCCUGCCUCCGAGUUACGGCCCUGUUGCUCGCUCAGCCUGA